CAUACACAGACACGCACAAAUCGCUGUACCCCUGUCCGCACGCUCCCCACCCCCCAUCCCAUCCACCCGGGACCGUCCCCUUCCUCGACAAGUGAGCGUCCCGGGCGUAGCCACCUAGUCAGGCCAGGAGCGCAGCGCCCACUGCCCUAGGGAACCCACGCGUAGCCGGAGCGACCGCCUCGACUGCAGCUGGACAGACAGUCCCAGCCCCAGGGACCUCGAGCAACCCGCCCCCGCCCCGCCCGGCCGCGACGAGCAGAUCCGCCACCCCCUCCAAACUCCAGGACCCCCGACACCUCUAUGAGAGAAGGCGACGCAGGGCAGAGAAGCAGUACGCCCGGCAGCCCGACUCCCCUGCAAGCUCGCAGCGUCCGCUCGGUGUCGGGGCCGCGAUCACCACCCGGGAAGCCCGAUGCCAGCGCCGCCGGUCGGCUGAGAAGGGACAGGACCGGCUUCGCCCGCUCGCCCGGAAUCCGGUCGCCGCAGCGGCUGCGUGUCCUAGCUGGGGCCCCGCCGGCCCGGGAGUGAGCCGUAGCGACAGGAGGACCGACGCGGCCGACCGGGGGUUGGCCCGGCUGGGGAAGGAGGGACGGAGUGGGAGGAGGGCACAGGGGGCGGGGAGGGGACCCCGGAGGAGAGAGAUGGCAAUGUCUCUCAUCCAAGCGUGCCGCAGUCUGGCUCUCUCAACAUGGCUGCUUUCCUUUUGUUUCGUGCAUCUGCUCUGCCUGGACUUCACGGUGGCGGAGAAGGAGGAAUGGUACACCGCCUUCGUGAACAUCACCUAUGCGGAGCCCGAGCCCGGGGCCGGGGUGGCGGGCGGCGGUGGCGGCGCCGAGCUGCACACGGAGAAGACCGAGUGCGGACGGUACGGCGAGCACUCGCCCAAGCAGGACGCGCGCGGCGAGGUGGUCAUGGCCAGCUCGGCCCACGACCGCCUGGCUUGCGACCCUAACACCAAGUUCGCCGCGCCGGCCCACGGCAAGCACUGGAUAGCCCUCAUCCCCAAGGGCAACUGCACCUACAGGGAUAAGAUCCGGAACGCGUUCCUGCAGAACGCCUCGGCCGUGGUCAUCUUCAACGUGGGCUCCAACACCAACGAGACCAUCACCAUGCCCCACGCAGGUGUGGAAGACAUCGUGGCUAUAAUGAUUCCUGAGCCCAAAGGGAAGGAGAUAGUAAGCCUGCUGGAAAGGAAUAUCACCGUGACCAUGUACAUCACCAUCGGAACCCGGAACUUGCAAAAAUAUGUGAGCCGCACAUCGGUUGUGUUUGUCUCCAUCUCCUUCAUUGUCCUGAUGAUCAUUUCCCUCGCAUGGCUGGUCUUUUAUUAUAUCCAGAGGUUUCGAUAUGCAAAUGCCAGGGACAGGAACCAGCGCCGACUGGGAGAUGCAGCAAAAAAAGCCAUCAGCAAGCUCCAGGUCAGGACCAUCAGGAAGGGCGACAAGGAAACAGAGUCUGAUUUUGAUAACUGUGCUGUCUGCAUCGAAGGGUACAAGCCCAAUGAUGUGGUGAGGAUCCUGCCCUGCCGGCAUCUUUUCCACAAGUCCUGUGUUGACCCCUGGCUUCUAGAUCAUCGCACCUGUCCCAUGUGCAAGAUGAACAUUCUUAAAGCCCUAGGGAUCCCGCCCAAUGCCGACUGCAUGGACGACUUGCCCAUUGAUUUUGAGGGCUCUCUAGGAGGCCCACCAACCAAUCAGAUCACAGGCGCCAGUGAUACCACAGUAAACGAAAGCUCGGUCACUUUGGACCCUGCUGUGAGGACAGUGGGAGCCCUACAGGUGGUCCAGGACCCAGACCCCGUGCCCCAGGAAGGAGAAGCCAUCUUUACAACUAACACCAGGCCAGAAGCAACAUUGACUUCCAUUUUUUGAAGUCCCAUGAUUUUUUAUUGAUCCCUUGAUAAAUUACUCAUAAUAUCAGCAUUGUAAAUGCCCCAAGACCUGCUCUGACCUUAACAUAAACACAAAACAACGAAAUAUAAUAUGGACUUUCUCAGGGAGCCUGACCUUGAACUCGGGGAAUCGCCACCUUAGGGGGAAAGAGUGCUGGUGUAAACAUCACAACAUAUUUCAGAAACGCAAGUUUACAUCACUGCUUUUGUGAAGUAUUCAGAAUUCUGUGUGAGUUAAAAUAUGUGGGUGUGUUCCAAAGCAAACACACUGGGAUGAAGCAUGCCGCCGUCCAUGAGGGAGCUGCCAGAGUGAGCAGCUACAUCUGCUUUUCUACCUGACAUUAAAGCCAGAAGCAUCAGAGUAGCUGUCCUGGAGAUUGGAUUAAUAUGCCAUGAGAUGAUUUCCCUCAGUGCCCAUAAGAUGCACAUUUUCCCCGGCAAGAUGAACACUUUAAUCUGGGUGCAUGUUCCGCUGUGGUACACAAAAGAAUCAGUCAGCUCGCCUCAGAUGAGAAACCCCACCACACCUCCUCUCCACAACACUGGCAAGCCACAGCAGACUACUUUUCUAUAAAACCAAGUGUCUGCAGCUGGAGACGCCACUCCAGACAAGUUUCCAUGUCUCUCCACGUGUCAGGUCCCUGGAGCAGCAUCCUCAUUGUUCCACAGCUCUUCAGCCCAGUGGCAGCCUCAGCAGAGGCACAGCUGUGGUCAAGAGCAGAGCCUUGCAGCCAGCACAUGCCUUCAUCAUCAAGUGCACCCAGAUGGAGGCUGUCCCAUCCUCAAUCCACCAGGCUUUCCAUAACAGCAUUCCUCAUUUAAAAACACUUGCCAAUCUCAAAAUGUCCACUGGGGGCCGACUCCCAGGGUUCUCCUGUCUCGUGUGUCUGGUGCCUCUGACGGGGAAAAUUGACAAUCUGCAGAUUCACAAACAACCCAAGAGAAAAUUAAUCAGUUUCUACUUCAGAUUGCCACUUGACGCACUGUGCCUAGAUCUGACACACACUGUCCACCCAGAAGAAACUUGUCCCCUGGGGAGACUCCGCAGGCAGGUUAAACCCAUUUGUUGCUGGGAUUUUUGUCUCGGAUGCUCUGAUCUGCUCAUGGACAGCACCAUCUCUAAUUUGAUUAAUUCCUCACAAUGCUGUCUCACUUUUGAUAUGUGUCCUGGUUCAGCAGCUGUAACCAGAGCAAGCUGGCACUUUCCCAAAAACUGCCACACUGAGCAGGAAGUCAGCAGCCCUGCUGGUACUGACAGGCUGGAAAACAUGCAGGAAGGUCAGAGAUUCCUGAGUGCCCCAACAGCACCGGGUAUAAACGAGAUGGCAUGUCUGCUUGCGUUUCAAUUAUCAUAUCAUGCCAAAAUUCCAUCAUUCAAGACUGAGAAAGCAAGGACAGUGGAGGAUGCCUUUGGAUGACGUAAGGACUGGCUUAACAGGUCAGAGACUGGGAGUUAGGUAAGUCACAGAACUACAGAGGGAAAGCGAAUCAAUAACUGUGUUCCAGGAACUUACAGUAACAGAUACCAAGAGAAGGCUAUAGCCCCAGGCAGGAAAUUGAGCCUUAUUCUUGGUUUGGCCUCUGGUUAUUGCUGUGACCUUGGACAAAUUACAGUGUCCUCUUUUCUCCUGGACAAUUACUCUAGCAGGCAAUUCCUGAGAACAUGUCCAGGCCUCUGACUCUGUCUGUAAACAGUUUCCUGUCUCAGGAAGACUUGGAGUCUCACUAGGACAUCUCAAGAUCUUGGGUCCUCACCUCCAAGCCCUUCUUGUCACCUUGUCACCUUGCACCGGCACCUCUGAAGCAAUCCAGUAAGACCUGCACCCUCUGCUUUCUCGGGGCCACACUUUGAAGACUAUAGAGGAUCUCUGUGACAUUCAAGUAAAGUGAACCGCAGCAAAGACUGUAUGCAGAGGCAGCUGAAACUACAGUACAGCUGCCCUUGGUACAAGUGCGGCCUGGGCUCUUUCUGGGAGCCUCUGCUCACAGGGCAGUUUUGCUUUCGUGUUCCAUGUGCCGGCAGAGUUUAUGUCAUACAUUUAUAUUCAAUACACAUUAAAUGUAUGUAUGUAUGUAUGUAUGUAUGUAUGUGUAGGUGGGUGAAUGAUUGGUGAAUGGAUGAUAGGCAAAUACAGGUAGUUGAUGGAUGGAUGAUGUGUGGGUAAUAGAUGAAUGGAUGGAUGGAUAUGGUGAUUUGUUUGAGGUUUAUGUUUUUGUUUUUGUUUGGGUUUAUUUUUGUUUUGGGGGGUUUGGGAUAUCUUUUUGGUUUUUUGUUUUUGUUUGUUGGUUUUGGUUUUUCAAGACGGAGUUUCUCUGUGUAGCCUUGACUGUCCUGGAUCUCGCUCUGUAGACCAGGCUGGCCUCCAACUCCCAGAGAUCUACCUGCCUCUGCCUCCCAAGUACUGGGAUUAAAGACGUGCCCCGCCACCACUGGACCCAGGUGUGGUGAAUUUAAGGUAAUCAACAGCAGUGACAGAAGGUGAGGGAGAUUAUAGUAUGUUACAUGCAUUGUACACUGCCCGCUAAUGAAAAAAUUAAAUCUAUAUCCUGAGGGCAUUCAAGCUGGAGCACAUAGCACUAGAUCUAAUCCUGUGGAACAACACUGUGGCCCUACUCCCAUGGGACACAGGUACACACAGUGAUAAAACAGUCCCAAGUCAUAAGCAAGAAGUGUGACUAGUGGCUUGUGGAAAUGGACUGGUGAUUUAUUAUUUAUAGUUAUUGAUGUGGUGCAGCAGAAACAGGAGUAAAGCAGCAGUGAGAGAUGAGGAGCUGAGGCAGCAGCAGUGGGAACUGCCCUGGAGACGGGCUCCAAGGCCCAGGCACAAAGAAAUUUCUGCAGGAACCCUAGUAAUGCUCAGCCGUGAACUCCAAUGCUCAGAAGUGCUGUGAGCUUCAUGACGCUCUUUAGUCUUGUUUUGAAUUGUCAGCAUGACUCUUAAUGCUUUGUAUUAAUCCAGAAUAAGUGAAGAUGACCCCAUCAAGAGUUAAUUGGACAUUUUGAUAACUUCAUGACUUGUGUUGGUGGUAGUGGAGGUGGUGGUGGCAGUGUGUGUGUGUGUGUGUGUGUGUGUGUGUGUGUGUGUGUGUGCAGGAUACCAGAUGUCCUACCCCAUCAAUCUCUGACUUGACUUCUUCCCUUGAUAAAGGGUCUGUCACUGAGCCUAGAGCUAGACUGGGAGCCAGGAUGAUCCUCCUGCCACAGCCUCCCACAGCACUGGGGUUACAGGCCCAGCUUUUUAUAUCGGUAUUGGGGAUUCGAACUCAGGUCCUUAUGAUUGCAUAGCAAGGACUCUUACUCACUGAGCCAUCUCCCCAGCCCUGAAAUUUCUUGAUAGACUGUUCAUGUAUCCCCAAGGCCUAAUAGCUGUAAGCUGGAUUCUAAAUCGUUCGCUUGUGGGGUUGAGAGCUGAUGUCACCUUGUUCUUCUCAGAAUUCCAUUAGCUCUGGAACCAGAGCUGCAGGCUUGCUUGUAGUUAUUUAUCUUCUCACUGAUUGAUCAUUGGAGAACUACCGAGAUAUUAACUACAGUCUUGAUGAGCAUGAGCUCAUUUAAAAUACUGCCUCCCCAUAGCAUCCCUUACAAUGAAAGCUCUCAGGUCAUCAGUAUUACCAUUGCUGGGCCCACCGAUCAAUCAGCAACCCAUUAGAGUCCGUUCACAGAAAGUUAGAAGGAAUGCCAUCUCCAUGCAGAGCUCUAUACUGGUUAUAUGGCUUGAGUAGCCCUGAUAUGAAAGGCUUGGGACCAAAAGUGUUGUGGCUUUCAGAUUUUUUUUUUCAGAUUUUGGAAGACUCUUUGCCUAUACAUAGAAUGGUAUUGUGAGAAAGGACCCAUGUCUAACCAUGAAAUAUUUUUAUGUUUUUCAUAUAUUCCAUUCCUACACAGCCUAGUACAAUGUUUUCAGUGUGCCUACAUAUGACUUGCCAAAUGUGGAAGUCUCCACCUAUGGCAAUGUGCAUGUGCUCAGAAAACUGUAGACUCUGGAGCACCUCACAUUUCAUAUCUGGGGCUUAAUGAUGUUCAAACAUAUUUAAUGGACAGUAGCUCUAUUGGUAUAGCCUGAGUAGUUCUUUGAGACACUGACCUCAGACAGAUGAUUUAUGGAUUCACUAGUAGUUCAGAUUUGCCAGGUCUUGUUCUUUGCUCUAAUAAGCUGGAUUUCAGAGGAUAACUAAGACAGAAAUGUUAAGAAUUCACAUUGAUAUACAUCUCCAAAUUUAGAGCAAACAACCCCCCCACACACACACCCAUACACAUUUUUUUUUAAUUUCUAAAAAUAUCUAACUCACUGGAUUCCUCUGUGGUGGUCCUUACUGCAAUUCCUGCCUCCCGCUGGGAUGGAAAAGUGACAAAGACCACUUUUGGAAAUAAAAAAAUAUACCACGCUGUAAUGAUUUAACCAAACUCUCCUCCCCAUAUCCAUGCCAGGCCCACAUGUGGUUUUAUCAGUUGGGACACCCUCUCCCUGGUCUAGACAUGUCUGGAAAUGUUAGGGUGAGUGGAGACAGAACAGACUUCUCACUCCAAAAGCCCACCUUAGUGUGUACACCAGGAUUCAAAAUGAGAGUCAAGCCCAAUUCUCUAGGUCUACAUAUGCCCUUGGACACACUCAUGAACACAUGUGCAAAUGCACACACACACACACACACACACACACACACACACACACACACACACACACACGUGCAUGUAUCAAUAACCACUCCUGGCUGACUCAUCAUCCAGAGCCAUCAGGAAUUCCCAGGCGUUGUCCUCAGCAGAACUACCUUGGCCACCACUCAGCACGCAGCUCAGACACCGCACUGUGCACAUGGGUUGGGUUUGCUCAUCAGAACCCUCCUGCUGAAGCUCAUCUGGGAGCCAACAUUUAACUACGGCAGGGUUUGCAGACAAACCUCAAUCCCGCCCUAGAGAUACGGGAAGUAUACCUUCUUCCUUCGUGGCAAAGGUUGACUCCACCAGCGUCACGGCAGCCCACAUGAGACAAAUCAAGUCUUCUGCAGUUGACUGUGGGCUUGCAACCCCAGAUUUGGACAGUGCAGAGAAUGGACUGUCUUCACACUCAGUGACUGAUGCGUCACAGAAGGUCAGUGUUUUGAAUUUUCCUACUAUAUCUCAUUAAAAGAAACAGUGGGUGGAAUCCUGCAGUGAAACAGCAUGUGCACCUACCUGUGAGCCAGCCCCACGUGCAGCUCCUACCACCCCACCCACCGUGUGCACCUACCUGUGAGCCAGCAGCAUGUGCAGCUCCUACCACCCCACCCACCAUGUGCACCUACCUGUGAGCCAGCAGCACGUGCAGCUCGUACCACCCCACCCACCGUGUGCACCUACCUGUGAGCCAGCAGCACGUGCAGCUCGUACUCCCCCUGGUAACUAAUGUUCACAGCGGGGAGGAACAAUUAGUAGAUUCACAGGCUGAAGUCUCAUCAAAAAAAAAGUUAAUAAACAAAUUCUUCAUUUCUAUAAAUAAAGAUUUACACCUCAAUCCAAACUGCCAGUGCAAAAGCCUUGACUGCUCUCAAGGGCCUGCUGUGCAGCAACAACAGUGGAAUGGAUUUUUUAGGGAAAAAUGCCAUACAAGACAGCCACUGUUUUUUAAGUAAGCAGCUAAUUAGAAAUUUGGAUUUGACAAAUCAAACUUAAUGCAGAGCAAUGCAUUAAGAAAGUAUCAGCUCUAUUUUAUACAGUAGAGUGAAUACAUACACAGAACAUAUCCAUACAUAUGCAUUUGUGGAAAUGUAUGUAGACACCUACCAAUGCACAAAAACAUGCAUGGAUAUAUACUCAUUUAUAUAUGUACAUGUUUACAAAUGCGUAUUACACAGUAGACAUCUAUACCUAAAACAGUACUUAUACAGACAUAGAUCUUAUAUAUAAAAUACAUGAACCUAGAUAGAGAUACAUAUACACACACACAUAACCUACCUGCACACCUACACAUAUGCGUGCAUGUUACCCAGGGCCUUCAACUUAGUGUCACAGUGGUUAGACAUGUCUUAGCAAGGAUAAUUGAAAUUUCUAGUUGUGAUUCAUGAUUACUUCUGGAAAUAAUUGUAGCUAAUCAGAGACAGAACUCCAAGAUCCAAUUUGCAUAUCAUCUUGUUUCUUCCACGGGCCUGGAGACUCUCUAACAUCUGCAAGAAACAAAUGUUACCUUCAGUCAAAGUAGUCCCUCAUUUUAGAUAUGAACCAAGUCUCACACCAGAAUAACUUCAUCUGAUGAGGCAUCAGGAAAUGGGGUGAGAUCAGCCCUCGGGAGAGACAGGAGGACCAUGAGCUUGACCCUGUCUCCAAACAAGCAAGAUAAAAUGUAGGAUACCUGUGGGGCUGGGAUAUGCAUGUUUUUGUCACCGUCUACAAACCCAGGUUCUCUCUGGUACCCCGGAGUUCCUCCAGCGAAGUCCAUAUACACACCCAGGCAGUAAAUAAAAUGAGUUUCUUGAACUUCACAAAUCUCAAAGGGCAAAUGGAGAAUUGUCAUUUUUAUCAGGCCUCCCAUAUUCGUCGGUUUUUUAUUCUAUAAUGAAGUGCCUGUGACUGGCUAACUUUAUAAAGAAAUUACUUAUUUAUCCCACAGCUGGGAAUGCUGUGAGUCCAAACAGCUGGCUAACAUCUUACAAGGGGGCCCCACAACACUCCACACAACAGCAGGAUCACUUCCUAGUGGAUGGCAGGAGCCUGUGUGAGAGGAAGAGAUCCCAUUAUCACAUGGAAAACAGUGAAGCUUCACAAUCCCUCUUGAGAACUCAGCUCUAAGUGGCACAAGGAUCUCCUACUAGGCCCAUCUUAAAGGUUUCCCAACCACCUCCCAAAAUCACUACCCUGGGGACCAAGCUGUAAACAUAUGGACCCUGGAGACAACAUUUAAGCCAUUGCACUUUCUAAGUGAUGUUUUUUCUAAAAUGAGAGGUUGAAACCAGAUACUACUUACCCCAGAAUGCUUGGCCAAAGAACCCAGGACAACCUCUUACCCUAUCUCUCCUAAUCUGCCCUUCAUCAUAUCUACUCUGAUGCUAAACUCACAAUGGGCACUGGAACAGAGUCAUCUCCAGUCUUUGAGCUGCUGCAUUUCUCUCCAUUCAACUUUGAGAAUAUACAAAAUAAACACCUUAGUGUGGUUUUAUGUAUUUGGUUUUCUGGACCUUUCCGUUGGAUCCUUCAAACAGGACUCCAAAUCCCCAGAGAGUACCUGUGGAAAACACACGUGGCUUUCAAUCCUGUCCUGCCUCACUUGUGAUGCUGAUGGAGGUUAAUCUUGGCAGACAAAUUCAUUGUGUGAAGCAGAAGCUACUGACUUCUUUGUUAUAGUCAUUGCCCUCGGGAACUGACUGACAUGCAGCUCAGGGAUUACAUCCACUUGCUUCCCGAGCAUAAGUGUUAAGUCCUGAAUUAUGCUAGAAAAAGAUAGUGCUUUGGAUAGAGAGAAUACUUCACCUUACCCACCAAGAUGAACCGUUGAACCCAGAGAGAAAAGGCAGCUGAAAAGUUGAGCUUGGCUUUCCAAUGGGCUGGGGAGAUGCUCAGCGGUAAACAGCAGGCGUUGCUCUUGCACAGGACUGGGGUUUGAUUCCCAGCACCCACAUGGUGGGCACAACCAUCUCUAACUCCAGGCCCAGUGAAUCUGCCCUUUUCUGACCUCAGGCACCAGGUAUGCAUGUGGUAUACAGACAUAUAUAUCAUUCAGACAAAACACCCAUACACAUGAAAUAAUAAAACAAACCUGAAAAUUCUUUUUUUAAUUUGUUUUUUCAGAUUCAUCAUUUUACUAAGAAAAUAUGCCCUUGGAGCCAUAAAUUUAAGUACUAAAAGAAAAAGAGGCAACAGGUUACACUUUCUGGUUUCUCUGGAUUCAGUGCAGCUGAGAUCAGAACCAUGGACCUAGUUGUUAACUGCUGACACCAUGGUCUUCUAAGUCCACCAAAGGUAGAAGAGAGAAAAUACAUGAUGGAUCCCAGCACUUGGGAGGUGGACGCAGAAAGAUGGCAGCCAAUCUGAGGCCAGCCUUGUCUUCAUAGUGAGCUCUAGGCCAGCCUGGGCUACAGAGUGAGAUCCAGCUUCUCUCUAAAUAUAUAGUCUGAGAAUUUGAUACUCAGAAAGGGAUCAUAACGGUGGGACCUAUUUCUUUGCAACUUUCUAUCUUGAUGAAAAAAUACAGUUAAUAACAUGCAUGCCGAUGGCCAAUGACUCUUAUAGUGUAUACAGUGAAUUUCUUCUAGAGUCAAACGCAAUUUCUUUAGCUAAGGUACAUGGCUGGGACUUUCCCUUUACACACCCAUGCCUAGGAUCUGCUGAGCUUACACACUCAUGCUUAGGAUCUGCUGAGCUUACACACCUAUGCCUAGGAUCUGCUGAACUUAUACACCAUGCCUAGGAUCUGCUGAGCUUACACACCCAUGUCUAGGAUCGACUGAGCUUAUACACCAUGUCUAGGAUCUGCUGACCUUACACACCCAUGUCUAGGAUCUGCUGAGCUUACACACCCAUGCUUAGAGUAUGCCAUACUCACUUAUGGUUAGAAUCUGCUGUAAUUACACACACACACCCAUGCAAAGGGUGUUCUUUUCUUGUUCCAGAAUAAUGUGAGUAUCAAAAAUGCAUCCUUCCCUUAAAGAAAAAUUACCUCUUAUCUAUCUCUCAAUCCACAGCUUUGAAAUAGAAACCACACUUACCUCUGAUGCUGGGCUCAUAGUCAAAUUGUUGAGGCAAAAGGACCAGGAGUCCCAUCAGCUGUGUUGCCCAUGCCCUCUGACCUGCUGCUGAGACAUUUUCUCUUAGAGGAACUGAAUAAAAACCAAAGGUAGCCUGGUCCUUUCACUGCAUUAGAAAAGUUUUAUUACACACUUGAAAUGCUCAAGGGCCCACGCUCAGCAGCUUCCUUGGAGGUACAGGGGUGUGCUCCACAGGCAUCUCCUGAAUUGGAGAUGCUCCCUUGGUACCACAGAGCCUCAGGAAGCGGAACACCAGCUGCAUUCCUUGCCCUCAUGGAGCCUCAUGCAGCUGAGCAGCAGUCGCGAGGUUUGAUGAACUCCGGGUGAGUCUGGGUUUUCAACCACUCUGCACUGGACUUACCUCACGGACAAAGCAUCCUUCCCUUGGAAAAAACACUGGAAAUAGUCUCAGACAGACAUUCCUUUGUGACAAAAUAAGUAAACUAGGUGCCAGCAGAAAAAGAAGGAAACCCUGAAGACCUCAGGCUAACAUCAGUUAACAAUAAAAUAUCUGCUCUUGGUGACGUUGGGCAUGCUUACGUCCGCAGAGCUGUCAAAAAUAAAAGUUCAUAUCGUGUAUUGAUUGUAUGCUACCAGGAAACACUGGGACAAUGAUAAACACAGCAUACAACAAUCAAGGGGUAGGGUGAGCUCUUUUCUAAACAAACAUUUAAGAUUUUUUUUCUGUUCUAUGUGUGAGGUUAAAAAAAAAAAAGAAAAGAACACUCUUCUACCAGUAAUCCUACCAAAUAGUAGCGGCAUGAUGCCCUAAAAAAUUAAAACUUAGAAUCUAUGCACAUCUUGAAACAACUUCUGUUGUGGAAAGGUCAUGAAGCUUCUCAAGAAUCUGGAGGGAAGAUGCAAUUAUGAGACGCUCUUGAAAUAUCUAAGGCACCUCUGUGGAUGUUCAUCUGGAAAUCUGUGCUGUUAAUUAGUAAAAGCUGUUUGACCCCAGAAGUGGGUGCUUUGGUCCAAUAUUUAUGAGUACCUAUUUUGAGCUGGGAUGAGAUCGGUACUCUUGUGAAGGAAUUCAGAUUCUAAAAGAUGUAACCCAGAUGUGUACUGAGGAGAGGUUACCCUGCCAAGCACUGUUACUUAAAAAUUGAUCUCAUUCUCCAGAUCUGCUACAGGCUCCGUGCACACAAGGGGUUUGGGGAACCCUCAUUAGUUUAAAAAGGAGAAAGAGAGAUGAUGACUCUGGCUAUCGGAGGAAAUACUAAAACCACAACUCCUGUGUUAAAUUCUAGGGACUCCCAGAGGGCCGGUCCAGAGGGUUGGCCCUGUGAACACAUGUUGAGAUAUAUUAGGACAGAAUGCCUUUGUCAUGAGUUUUCCGUCCAUAACAUCGGGAAACCGCUCAUUUGUACAUCCUGUGUGUAGUUUUCCCUUCCUGGCAGCCCACCCGUAAAUGAGACCUGUCAUCGGUUCUCACCUUUUCCCCUCCCACCUUAAGCCCACUGCAGCACUCUUGGCCUAUUCACAGCCACUGCUGCCAGCGACAAGGAGAGAAUUCCACUCAGGCGGUCCUGCCGUGGGAAGGCAUCUGAGAUCAUUCAAGAAACAGGAAAGUACCUAGGGAGGCCGCAGAGGUGGGAAGAGCAGGGAGAAAUUUCCUAUCCCCGUAAACCCGUAAACCGAUGAGCCUCCAAGGCUUCCUGUGUGUCUGGAUCUCAUUGUCUGGCCUACGCUUGUGAACAGCUGUCACACCUUGUGUCGUGUGCACCACAUGGAACUGAAAUCAAGGACCAAGUCCCCUUCCAGUGUCAGUUAAUAAACUGACAUCAGUGGUCCAGACAUUCUUACUCAGUUAUCCCAUCAUUCAAGUGCUAGUUAUUGCAUUUCUCUUAUUUGUAUAGUGUUAGGGAUGGAGGCUUGUAACUGUUUGGGCAGGAGAGGCUUCUGCUGAGUGGUUGGGACAUUUAAAUGAAGCAGUACUGUUAAUCGGGAGUGUAGAAUAUUGGAGGUUAGAAGAGCUCUUCAGAGAAGGGAAUCAUGGUGAGCAGAACCACCUUGACCUUGAACUGUAGGACACCAUUUCCUAACACUCCUUUUCAGUGGGAAGGAACUGGGGCCAAGGAAACAAGCCACGCAGAGUCCCUAACCUGUUCCAUAGAGACUGAGUUAGCAUAGAGUUAGCAUAGUGCGGACUGCAACAGAGUGGACGAUGUGAAUUAGUCAUAACCAUUCCUUCGUGCGUGCGUGCGUG